AUGUACACCGCCUCCUCAGUCUUCCUCCAGACACUAGCCGAUGUCGGCAUCACGCACGCAUUCGUAAACUGGGGCUCAGACCACCCCGGCAUCCUUGAAGAUCUCGAGCGCCAGCGUGUCGAGAACGGCCGGACAGCGCUCAAGAUCGUCACAUGCCCGAACGAGAUGGUAGCGCUCAGCGCGGCACAGGGCUACGCACAGGUCUGUGGUAAACCUGCUGCAGUCAUCGUGCAUGUCGACGUCGGCACUCAGGCGAUGGCAGGGGCGAUUCACAAUGUGGACAGGGGCCAGACCCCUGUCUUGAUCUACGCGGGCGCGUCGCCGUUUAGCAUGCAUCGCGAACACGAAGGCGCGAGAAACGAGUUCAUUAUGUGGAUGCAAGAUAUCCCGGACCAGGCUGCAAUCGUGCGCCAGUACAUGCGGAAUACGACACAACUACACAGCGGCAAAGAUAUGCCUUCGGUGAUUCGAAGAUCUUUACAGAUCGCGACAAGCGAGCCGAAAGGACCUGUUUACCUUUGGGCGCGCCGGGAAGUAAUGGAAGCCCACAUCAAUCCUGAUGAGAUACGUGCAGCACUCGAUGCGAAGGUUUGGCCUGCAGUUAGCCCCGCUGCGCUAUCCCCCUCCGCCGUAUCCACGAUAUCCUCUGCCCUUCUUUCGGCCAAGACACCUCUGAUAAUAACAUCAUAUCUCGGUCGCAACAAGAAUGCCGUUCCAGUCCUUAUGGAGCUGUCCCUCCUGCUCGCCAUCCCAGUCGCCCUUUCCUGCCCGUCGGCCGUCAAUAUCCCCUCCUCCUUCCCCAACACCUCUGUCGUCACGUACCUCUGGAAGGGCACCCACCACCCAGGCCUCGAGACCGCCGACGUCAUACUCGUCAUACACAGCGAUACCCCUUGGAUACCCGAAAACACAGCACCCAAUGCGGAUGCGAGGAUUUUCGUGAUCGACGGCGGGGACGUGCUGAAGAAGACGUUUGGGUACAACCACUCGACGAAUGUGGAGAUGGUGUGCAGCGCCGAUGCGGAAGUGGCUCUGAAGCAGAUUGUAGGUGGGGUGAAGGACGUUGACGAGAAGGCGCACGAAGCCGGCCUGACCAGGACUCUUGGCGGCGAGCUCAUCCAACAGCGCGCUGCAAGCCUUGCAGCCGACCAUUCGCGAAGGGUGCGCGAGCUAGAUAUAGAAGAGGAUACCUGGCCCGCCGCGAGCGCCGACGGCUCUCCGACUCUCCGCGCCCCAAACGUCAUCGGCGUCCUCCGCAAAGCAAUCCAGGAAGCAACGCCGAGUCGAGGAGCGAAUGUGCUCAUCCUAAACGAGGGGAUCAGCAAUUACCAUAUCGUCUGGGACCACAUGCGCAGCGACGCGCCGGGGAGCCAUCUUACCUCUGGCGGCUCGUCGCUGGGCUGGUCUCUCGGCGCGGCGAUUGGGGCCAUGCUCGCGGAGGAAGCCCACCCCGAAGCGGCGCAUGACCUGGUCGCGGUCAUCGUCGGCGACGGCUCGUUUCUGUUCUGCGUGCCCAGUUCUACGUACUGGAUGGCGCAGAGGCAAAAGACGCCAUAUCUGACCAUUGUCCUAAAUAACGGCGGUUGGAAGUCUCCCAAAAUCUCUAUGCUUGGUGUUCACCCAUCAGGCCAUGGAAGUGCCGCUAGCGGUGACAGGCUUAGCGUCGGAUUCGGUCCAGUGUGUCCCGACUACUCCCAAGUUGCCGUCGCGGCCUCCGGAGGCUGGGCGUGGGGCAGGAGAGUGGGCUUAGGCGAAGAUGGUACCAAGGAGAAGAUUGAAAAUGUCUUUAGGGAAGCACUGAAAGUUGUGUUGCAAGAGAAGAGAUGCGCGAUUAUUGAUUGCGUGAUCGAAGCGAUUUAA